AUGUAUUUGCCUAAGGUGGAACUUGAACACGAUGAGAUCGUGUUUUUCGUGUUGUCAUUGCGCAUGAAGAAAACUCAAUCCAGGAGAAAGUUCAUGAUUCCCCUUUGGUCUCCGACUAUCGCCUCGCUUGAAGUGCAAUUACUUUUCCACCUUACACGAUACGGCAAGUGCGCACCGUCGGGCCUGACGUACAUCAUCUCCACUUGGUUCGACCAUCACUCCCCUCAGAGCGCGACACUAUCAGCCGCGGACCCUGAUGGUGCCCUUGGCGCCCGCGUUGCACGUCCGUGGAUCUUCGCCUCUCCACUCGCUCGAGCUUCGCUUGGAUGCCACUCCUCUUCACCCGCUCGCCUAGUCCAAAUCUCGACGUUCGUCCGCGUCUGUGCUGUCGAUUGCCCGAUGCCGAUUGCUCAUCGCAACUCACAGAGCCUUUGGAGACGGCUUGAGAGCGAUUGA